AUGACAUCUUGUAAUACACUUGUAAAAAACAAAGAUUUGUUUAUUAGAUUGAAAAAAUUAAUAGAAAAUCGUAUUGGAAUUGUAAAAUUAGUUCAUAUACGUGAAUAUCAAGGAAAUUAUGAUAAUGAACAAGUUGAUAGAUUAGCAAAACAAGGAUCAUUAAAAGAAUAUAUAAAGGAAAUAAAAGAAAAAA